CGUGGUAGGCUGAGGUGGCAGUAGUCCUGCGGCCAUGGAGCUGCCGCAGAUGCCGGAGCUGAUGGGGCUGUCCCUGCUGGUGGGGCUGCUGGCCUUAGUGGCCACGGCGGCGGUGGCCCGGGGCUGGCUGCGGACCGAGGAGGACAAGGCCAGCCCUCCCGUCCGCCAAAAAGCAAAUGAAUCCAAGAAGUCAGGAUCCAAGAAGCAGAAACAGAAUCAGCGGGUUCGCAAGGAGAAGCCUCAGCAACAUAUCUUCACCCACCGCCUUCUGGCUGCAGCAUUAAAGAGCCAUAGUGGGAAUAUAUCUUGCAUGGACUUCAGUAGCAAUGGCAAGUAUCUGGCCACCUGUGCGGAUGACCGCACUGUCCGAAUCUGGAGCACCAAAGAUUUCCUUCAGCGGGAACACCGCAGCAUGAGAGCCAAUGUGGAGCUGGACCAUGCCACCUUGGUGCGCUUCAGUCCAGACUGCAGAGCCUUCAUUGUUUGGUUGGCCAAUGGGGACACCCUCCGUGUCUUUAAGAUGACAAAACGAGAAGAUGGGAGCUUUACCUUCACAGCCACCCCAGAGGACUUUCCUAAAAAGCACAAGGCGCCUAUUGUCAACAUUGGCAUUGCUGACACAGGGAAGUUCAUCAUGACAGCCUCCAGUGAUACGACCAUCCUCAUCUGGAAUCUGAAAGGUCAGGUGCUGUCCACAAUCAACACCAACCAGAUGAACAACACUCACGCUGUUAUCUCCCCAUGUAGCAGGUUUGUGGGUUCGUGUGGCUUCACCCCAGAUGUCAAGGUCUGGGAGGUCUGCUUUGGGAAGAAAGGGGAGUUCCAGGAGGUGCUGCGAGCCUUUGAACUGAAGGGCCACUCUGCAUCCGUUCAUUCUUUUGCCUUCUCCAACGACUCUCGGAGGAUGGCCUCUGUCUCCAAGGAUGGCACAUGGAAGCUGUGGGACACAGAUGUGGAAUACAAGAAGCAGCAGGACCCCUACUUGCUAAGGACAGGCCGCUUUGAAGAGGCGUGUACCAUGCCUUGCCGCCUGGCGCUCUCCCCUGACACCCAUGUCCUGGCCUUGGCCUCUGGCACCAGUAUUCAUCUCUUCAACACGCGGCGUGGGGAGAAGGAGGAGUGCUUCGAGAGUGUCCACGGGGAAUGUAUUGCUGACUUGACUUUUGACAUCACUGGCCGCUUCCUGGCCUCCUGUGGGGACCGUGCAGUGCGGCUCUUCCACAACACCCCUGGCCACCGGGCUGUGGUGGAGGAGAUGCAGGGCCUCCUGAAGCGGGCAACCAGUGAGAGCACCCGCCAAAGGCUGCAGCAACAGCUGGCCCAGGCCCAGGAGGCCCUAAAGAGCCUGGGUGCCCUGAAGAAGUGACUCUGGCUCUGGAUGAGUCUGACUGCCUGCCACAAUGGUUGCUACUCUAUUCCCAGCUGUCCCUGGGGUAGAGACCUGGAGGAACCUCCUAGUUUUCUUCCUGUUGGCCUCCACUUUUUCCCAUUGAAGCUAUUCUUGCAUACUUAGAUCUCGAUCUCUCUCUCUCUCUCUCUCUCUCUCUCUCUCUCUCUCUCUCUCUCUCUCUCUCUCUUCUUGUUUGACUCCUCCCAUAAUGAAAGGUGCUGUUUUCUCACAAGCCCAAGGGUGGAGUCUGUCUUCACCCAGCACUGAGAAGAGGGGUAGAAAGAAGAGAGACAGAAAAAGCAAAGCCUCUGACUGUGUGGCAAAAGACCCUGACACCCAAAGAAGUUUGUGAGUGAGUGUCAAGGUAAAACCUGAGGGACACCAGAGAGUAAGGUACAGAAUGUGUUUUAUAAUGCUGCAAGAUGAGUCUCCACCUGGACCAGGCUCCUGUUACCAGCAAGAAAUAAUUAAAGGAUGGUCUUUGUGUUUGUGUUGGUCUAUAAACUAGACAUUCAACAGGCAAAGGCAGGAGGAUCAGGGGUUCAAGUCCUGCUUGGACUACAUAGUGAAUUCCAGGACUUCCUGGGCUCCAUAUGGAAAAAAACCUUGACUAGAGAUUUUUUUGCUCCAGGCUUCAGUUUUCUUAUUUGUAAAAUGGGGAACGAUGCUCUCUGUGGCCUUCUUCAAAAGAUGUUGUAAGGCUAAGAGCAUUCCAAAGCUUCCACACAUGUAGCAUAACAGUGCUGUCCAACAUCAUUAACUGUCAGGUAAACUUUGGACUCAAAUUGUGGUCUGCAACCCAAUCAGAAGGAAACACAGCCCUUGGGAGGGCCAGUCUUCUGAAACUAGGCUUGCUCAUUCAUCUUGGAUGCAUAUGGUGGUUUGGUUCAUGUGCCUUGAGAAGUAAUGCAAUCUUAGCAUGGCAACUCCUCUAUUGGAGACCUCUUGGGCUUAUCAUUUUGAUGUCUGCUUCAUGGGAAGAGCUAGUGAUGCCGGCUAACACAGACAAGACUGGGCCUGCUGCCAAAGAUAAAACUUAGUGGGAAGAACCUACAGGCUGGUAUCUGUGAAGUGCUGUUUGUUCAGUCACAGCUGCAGGGGAUGUAGGCAAGGGGCUUGACAGUAAUGAAUUUAGGACUAUAAUGGGGAUGAAACGUAAUAUAUCCAAUGAGAGAUUGGUUUCAGACAUGAAUUUGAAUACUGCUUGGAUCCAAGGAGUGUGGAAAAUGUCAGGAAUCUAGGAAGGAUUGACUCUACCAAAAAGUAUCCGUCUCAUUUAGCUUUGGUCUUUCGCUUUAAAGUAGAUCCUCUUCCAGCCAUCCUCAGUGGUACAGAAUGUUGGAAUAAGGCACAACCCUGAAGUUGACCUUGAUGGCUCCCUUGUCGCCACCCUCUCCCACCACCACUGCUAUAUCCAGAUGCCCUGCAGCAUCUGCUGUCUCCCCAUCUCUUCUGUUACUACACUGGUCUUGGACACUGAACAUACUAUAUGUAUAGUACUUCUCUUCCCAACCACAUUACUUUAAGUCACUUUUCUACAUAGUUUAGCCAGCAUUUGAAAAACAUAAAACAGGUUGUGCCAUUCCCCAGUUAAAAAACCCUUCAGAGGCUUCUCUCUACUCUUAGACUAAAAACCCUGAUCUCUCUCUGUGCCCUACAUAAUGUAGUGAAGUUUAGCUCCUCCUGUGGUCUUCCUUUGCAAAGGUCGCUUCCACCCCAUUCUUCCUGUUUCUUUACUAACCCAAGCAGUUCACAGGCUCUAGGUAUGGGCUGGUCCCUUUUGUUUGUUGCAAGCAUUUUUCCUUUCUGUUGGCAGACUUGUCAAUGUGAUUCAGUCCUUGGUAACUUUGAUUUCAAAAGUUGCCUCCUCAAACACUCUAUCCGAAGUAGCCCUUUCCACCAAUCCCGUUGUAUUGUUUACGUUGGUGCUUUUCUUUCUUUUGUAUGAAUAGAUGAUUUCUAAAGCCAUCUUGUUUGAUAUGUAUUUGCUCCAGUGCCGUGACAGGGGCAGUUGUGUGUGUAACAAAGGUAGGAAUUAGGUGGGUUGCCUGGUUGUGAGAUGGGAGGAAAUGGUAGAGACUGCAAUGAGCUGGUAGACCUGUGCCCUGGAUGCACAGUGGUUGGUAGCUGCUACGUAUUGUUUAAUAGUUCCCCCAGAGUUGCCAGUUGCAGAGAAGUUAGAUGUUAGCACCUUACUCUGAAACGAGGCACCAUUGUGAAUUGCACCCAGCACUGAUGUAGGAAGAAUCAGCUCACCAGUCUCAUUGGCACUUAAGGAUUGUUCCUUGCUUUUCAUUUUGCAGGCCUGGGCAUGGAACCCAGAGCCUCCUGCAGGGGAGACCAUCAUUCCGCUGCUGAAUCAUGCCUCGGCCCUCACUAGGAGAGGCUAAGACCGUGGCUGUCCUGCUCAGCCACAGCUCCUCACUGGGAGAUUCUAGGCAAAGGUUCUCCUUAGCCACAGCUGCAGUCCCUCACUGGGCAAAUGUUCUGCUACUGAGCCUCCAGCACUAGUUUGUGAAUUGCUGAAGAAUGCAUUGGAACACGAGCUUCACAGACAGGACCCUUGUUUGUCUGCUUUGUUCUGGGUUCCAAAUCAAGAAGCUGGGAUAGAGUAAGCUCUCAAUAAAUAGAACUCAGACUAGAAGUAAUUGACAGAAAAAUUGAUAUUCUUUUGUUUUUCUGCACUCCACUGUGGAUUCAGGUUUCUGAUGAGAUCAGCCAUAUUGAGGCCUGUAUGGUCACACCCAGGUUUGGGUUUCUGAACACACAGCUCUGCCUCAUGCUGCAUGUGCAUGUGGGGUCUGAUAGAUGUCUCCUUUGGCUGUCAGAAGCAGUAUAAAAGGCUUCCACUUGCUUUUGAAUGCCUGUGUCAUGGCUGCAGAGGGAAGGUAGGGAAACCAAGAAUGCUGAGCCACUGAAGUCAGAAGUCUGUUCUAGAAUCAGCCAAGUCAGUGACGUGUGACCUGGACUGGGGUGAUCACAGAGGCUGCCUGAGUUUGUCUCCUCAUCUGUAAAAUGGGAAUAAAUGC